GCCAGCUGAACUGGGUCCGCCCCAUACGCUCUGACUGCCCUCUUUGGCUCCGGGCAGCGGCGGUGCAGCCCCUCUUUCAGGGUGGAGAAGUGUGAUCACUCGCUAGUUUUAUUGCGUUGCAUUGUUUCACAAAGACCGCUUUACAUCCUCAGUACAUGGGGGCACCCAGAACCUGACCGUGGAUCGCGCUAAUUUCCUUCGCUUAAGUUUGCUUUACUGUUUGCACAAGUUAGGACUUUUGCCUCUUUAUAGCUCCCUCUUCGGGGUUUCAUGGGCAAAUAUCUUCGCCUUUGCAGUUUGUAGUUGUUUUCCCUUUAAAUAAAGGCCCGUUCGGUCUGUUGAGAAGAUGCAGUUCCGCACUGUCCUUGACGUUAACGUCGUGGACGUGCAGAAGAGAAGGAACCCCUCCAAACACUAUGUCUAUCUUAUCAAAGUGACUUACUCAGACUCCAGUUCCCAUGUCAUCUACCGAAGAUAUAGCAAGUUUUUUGACCUUCAGAUGCGAAUUCUUGACAAAUUCCCGAUUGAGGCAGGACAAAAGGAUCCCAAGAAGAGAAUCAUUCCGUUCUUACCAGGUAAAGUCUUGUUUCGUCGCAGUCACAUUAGAGAUGUAGCUGUCAAAAGACUGAAGCAUCUGGAUAACUACUGCAACGCUUUGAUGAAACUUCCUUCUUCCAUUUCGGAAAGCGAAGAGGUUCUUAAGUUCUUUGAAACCCGACCAGACGACGUCAACCCUCCCUCAGAGUGAGUUACUGGAAAUACAUAAAAAAAAAACAACAGGUUUUUCACCAUCACCUUCAUCUCAAAAGUAUUCGUACUCCUUGAACAUUUUUUCACCUUUUGCUUUAUUACAAACGCAAACUAUGACUGCAUUUUCAAUUUUAUUUUUCGUGAUAGAUCAACACAAAGCAAAGGACAUGAGCUGGAAAGGAAAAUGAUGCACGCUUUACAAUUUUCUUUGAAGUGUAGUGUGGAUAUGUAUUCAACCUCUUUUUACUUUGAUACAUUGAUGCCUAAAUAAACUUCAGAACAUCCAACAACUUUAGAAGACACCUUAUUAGUAGAGUCCAGCUGUGUGAAAUUUAAUCCCAGUAUAAAUUUAGCUGUUCUUCAAAGGCCUAUAAGAGUGAUCGAUAAAUUGUGGCAUAAAGUUACCACAGCAUUUAAACCUAAACACAUCUUCUCAAAAGUGAAACAUGCUUGUGGCAGUGUCAUGCUGUGAGGACAUUAUUCUGCAUCAGGGACAAUGAAUCUGGUCAGGGCUUAAUACAGUGCAAUGCUGCAAGGAAACCUCCUAGAGGCAGCAAAAUUGUACAUUAAACUUGGGCAAACUUGGGCAGACUGAAGGUUUAUCUUCUUGCUGAGGACAAUGAUGGAUAACACGUUUUUUUUUCUAACAACAAUUAAAAUCCUGUACCAUUUUUGUUCUAUUUCACAUUUACGUUUUACAAUUCAUUGAAGUUUGGACAAGUGAAUACUUUUGCAAAGUGCUUUAAGAGACCAAGCAUUGUCUGGUGGGCUGUAAAUAUCUGAGUGUGUUUGUCUGGUUCAGCAGCCGAGAAUGUUUUUAUUUGUGUUGACCCCAUCUCGAUCCUACGGCUUCAUUUUGUCUGAAAUGAUGGAUUGAUUCUGGUCCAGAGUCACCGUGUUUUAUUAAUAAUGAUGUCAUGGGGGUGACAUAUGAAGCCAGAACAAAUGAAGAGAGAUCAGCUGUGACAUACGAUUCAGCCAGCUCAGGUCUCAGGGCAGAUAAAGGCCUCAGUCAGGUUGUUAGUCAUGCUCAGUUCAAAGUCAAAGAGUGGGAGUAAUUACAGUAUAGACUGGCUGCAAGAUUUCUGUUCUUUUGUACGUUUUUGUCUUUCAAAUUUAAUUUCAGAGGAAUUUAGGAAAUGUAUUAGGAAAAGUUCCAAAUUUAGGACUUGUUUAUUAUUCUGACUUCUCAGCCACAACCAGGCCCACGACCUCUAACCUCGACUAGCCAUGCAUGUUAAUCCUACUUCAAAGUGGGAGCCUCCUGCAGUCACUGAGACAGUCCAGGCCACCUUCAGCUGAGAGGUGCAAAAGUCAUACCACCCAUACACUCCAAUUACUCAUGCUGGAGCUCUCCCAUUUAAAAUGACUACUCAUAAGAGCCAGUUGGACUGCCGUAUAAAAAUCUGUUUGUGAUUCUGCGAACAUGCUUCCUGUAAGGUGCAAUUCAAAAUAGAGAUUGUAAGCUUGCUUUACAAAUCAGUGAAAAUGUCAGAUAACAGCUAGUUUUCCCAAUCACACCAUGCAGGGUUAACACUGUCAGAAGACGUAAAAAUUAGGUUAACUUUAAUCCAAUCAGUGUGUUGGAUUCACAAUUCAUAGGCAAAUAAACCCACCAGCUUCAGUACUUGCAUGCUAUUCUUGUUGGAUUCUGCCACCUAAUGUUCAAUGGACAAACGCUCAUAUAAUUCCAGAGAAGUUGUUUUCAUACCCAUCUAACACCAGAGGGAGCUGCUGAACAAGCAAGAAAAGCAGGAAUAAUCUUGGCUUUAAUUGAAAUAAAUAUAGCAUACUUACUGUGGUAGGAAGCACAGCUUGCAUAUUUUAUAAAAUCUAUGGUAACAUUACUAAUAAGGGGAAAAAAAUUAUUACAUUUUAACUUUGCCAAAACAUGCUUUGAUAUGACAGUAUGAUCUCAGAUUAUUGAUAAAUAGUCUAUGACAGUGUAAAGGUGACUAUGCAUGGAGUUCUGUUGCUUUAAGUUUUUUGAAAAGUUGUUGGUGAAAAGGAGUCUGCAGCUAAAUUAGCAUAUUAACACUAGAUUAUUUAAAAAAUAUUUAAUAAUGGCAUUUAUUUAAUAUUUGAUUGUGUUUGUAGGGAAAUUGUAAGAUGAAUAAAUAAAGUAACUGAAUUUAGGGAGAAUCACUAUAGGCUGAGUGAUUUUCCCUGGCAGCCUAUAUGUCACAUUAAAAGUGGGAAAAGGUCCAAAACAAUUAUAUUAGUGUCAUGGUUUUUACAUCCCAAAAACAUGCCAUUUUAACAAGGUCUUUCUAAGCUUUUUAGAUCGAAUGUAUGAAGCAAAUGGUAUAAAUUGUCUCCAGUGCUGAGGUCAGUGUUCAGGGAAACUGGCCACUAUGAAAACUUCAAAUAUUUAGGACCUGGUAUUUAAAGGUUAAAAGAUGAAAUGCCAAAUUGGUCUAUAUUUUAACUUGUAACAGUCUUAGUAUGCAACUAAGCUCUGCAUGCAUUCUUAGUGAACUAUUGUAUUAUGAUAUUAACCAUAUAUUUUUUUUCAGAUUAUGUACAAAUAACACAGUUUAAGCAUUUAUUUCAUUUUGCAACAAUUCUGUCUGGUUUAAUAUUCCUCAACCAAUUAAAACUUUUCAUGCAAGGCUAGACUUUUUGGUACACAUAUACACCCUAACCCUAUUUCCUUAGAUUAUUUGCACUUCCCUAGUAACUGAACCAAAUGUUGAAUUAGCCCCCCAACAUAAAAACAACUGAAAUAAUUGUAAAAUUCAGGAAGUUUGUUUGUCCAAGUAAAACUUUAGUGAAGUUUUAGUCUUUUCAUUUGCAACUCGGAGCUUAAUUUGGCAGCGAUGUUUCAUCGCUGUCGUCAGUGUCUGGCCAAGAUUUGCUUCAACUGUUGGCACUUAUUCCUGAGUUUAGAGGGAUUGUGUGUGUUUUGUACAGUGCCAUUGCCUCCUCGCACAAAAACCCUCCAUCGCACGUUUUCUCUGUGUACAUAAUCACUCUGCUUUAUCAUCGUGAUUUGCAGUUCAAUGAUGUCAACCUGUUGACCACAGAGAUUAGAGGUUACUCCUGCAGAGGUAAAUCUGAGGUCAUGCCUCAGGCGUCUCUGUAUCAUUGUCAUGUAGCUGGACAGAUACAUAGUUGCUGUAAAAAAAAAAAAAAUGUGAGAGGAGGGCCAAUAUCUCACACAUUCCUUUCUGGAAGGCCCACCUAUGAAGAGUUAGCUGCAGGCUUGUACAAACAUAAGGUUUCUCAAUACGGAAGAAGGGGGUGAGACUUUUAGAGAUACUGACAUAUACACAGUGAAAACCAGUCUCUGCUGUGCUGGCUUGCACUAAAAAUGGGCACAAAGUCUUAUAGAGUUCAAAGAAACUUUUCUCCUUAGUUCUAACGGUUAGAAUUUGGAAGAAAAUGCACAGAGUCUGAGCUGUGUGCUCAGUCUCCUCCCGGGAGGAAUAUAUAACUCCACCUCUGAGCUUGUGCUGAGGGUCAGAAGUAAGCAGAACAGGUCAGGCAUUUACUUCAUCCUCAGCUUUUUUCCUCCAAAGCCUCAGUUUUUUCUCCACCCCAAAAACACACAAUGCAUUUCUGAUUUCCUACCUCCAUGUAAAAAUUACAGCAGCAUGGCGGUGUUGCCACAGUGUUAUUGUGUGGCAUGAAUAGUAUUAUAUAAAGCUCAUCAUUUAAGCUUUCUGUUAAUCUGAACAAUAUUUGCACAUUUUGUUUUGUAUUAAGUUUCUGAAUUUUGUUUGAAACAAAUAUUGCAGUUUAAAACAUUGUUCAUUUGAAUUUGAAGUUGCACUGUUUUUUUUCUCCAUAUUUUCUUUAUGAAUCUUGUUCCUGAUAUUUUGUUUACACAUGUGUUUAAUUUGUGUAUCUAUUGUAGAAGUGUCAAAUUUACUCACAGAUCUGAAAACAAUGAAGUCUUUGGGAAAAAUAGUUUAAACUAACAUUUAUUUUUUGCUUGAAAAAAACCCCUGAUUUAUUUAUUUGUUCAGAUUUGCAGAUUAUCCUCUAAAACGUCUUCAAAACCUUACAGUGAUCAAACGGCUUGAUCUGAAACUUCGAUUCAGCAGCAAACUCCAUUUAAAAGAGUGUUAUUGCAACUUGUUAGUCCUUAGGUCUAGUGUGUUUACAAAAUUGGAAAAGUACAAACAUAUCAUUUCUGAUCACCAUGUCCCUGGCCAGAGGCCAGUAACCAGCCCAUUUGUCAGUGUCAGUGUAAAAUAUAUAUAAAAACCCUACAGAUGUUUUUUUUUAAAGUCAUAUCAGAAGUGUUGCAUCAUCAUCUGGCAUUAGUAAAGUUUCUUUGUUAACUGAAGAUGAUAAGCGUGCCACUUCUUAGACAAGUUUUAUCCAACCAUGCGCUCAUAUCCUUGACUGGCCUUGGCUCCAGUUCUGCUGCUGGCCUCUCCUGAGAGCCAGGUGUCUGUUUCCAUCUGUGUCAGACAUCAGCUUCUCAUCACUCUUCUCUCCACUGCCCAGUUAACUAAAUGAGGAAAAGCAGUCAUCCCAAACUUCUGAAAAUGAUCUUGUGGUUUGAAAUAUUUACCUUUUCCCACCUCAUGAUCCACCCCCAUUUAUGUUUAUGCAGUUUAGGUGAUGAGGAGCGAUCACUCAAACUGACUGGACAGCACCUUAAUGUGGAACUAAUUAAUGCAUUUGUCAUGUAGUCAUUUUGUGUUUCUGACUAAUUUUAGUAAUUGCAGGAUAAUUGCUGUAUAACUCCUCUGGCACAGCUGGAGAAUAAAUGACAGACAUCAAAAAUGAUCUCUUCUGAAUGAGCUAAUGCUGUGCAGAAGCAAAGCAAGAAAAUACACUUCCGUAUUUGAUUUAACGUGUGCAACAUCUAGAAAGAAACUUAAAAAUGAAUAAGUACAUAAAUGUAUUUAACCAAUCAAGGUUUAAAACAUUUACUCAAA